CGCCCCCCCGGGCUCAGCGCGUCUCCUCCGGGCUGGGGGGCCCCGCCGGCGGGAUGGCCGAAUUCCCGGCCAAAGUCAGCACCCGCACCAGCACCCCCGCCGGGGAGCCGGCUUUCCACGCCCCCGCCUUGGAUCUGAAUUUCGUCAAGUCCCCCUUCGGGAUCCUGAUGAUCGUGGAAAUCGUGCUGGGCUGCUUGGUGUGGGCCCUGAUUGCGGACACGUACUACCAACCCUACCCGUCCUACGGCUGGGUGAUGUUUGUAGCUAUCUUCUUCUGGAUGGUGACGGUCAUUCUUUUUGUGAUGUACCUGUUUCAGCUUCAGUUGAAAUUCUACAUGAUCCCUUGGCCUAUUGUGCUUGUGGUGUUAAAUGUCUCAGCCUCCGUCAUGUAUGCAACAGCCUUCAUAACCAGCGCUGCAUCGGUUGAACCGUAUUCCUGGCCCCAUUCCCCAGACUACAACAAGAGGGCCUCGGCAUCGUUCUUUGCCUGCCUGGUGAUGAUCAGCUACGGCGUCAGUUCCUGCCUCAGCAUCCGAGCCUGGAGGGGUUAUGGGAGCAACGCGGCCACCAGCCAAGCGAGCAUCUCCAAUCAUGCUUAAAAGAACUCUGCCUCCUUUUGAAUCAACAGGGGCCAAGCGGGUGGCUUUUGCAGCUUCUGUCGCUUCUCUUCCACACGGGGCCUGGCCUGGAAACGAUGCCCCGUCCCGGCUUCAGUAGGGCUGUUCCGAUCACAGGGCUCACCUCCCUCUCCCGUGCUCUUAACUGGCACCCUCGACAGAGUGGCGAAGGCCCGGAUGAGAUAGGCAGCCUCAUGCUGGUUUUCAUGAUUCCUGGUUUGUCCCUAACCCCCGAGCUAGACCUUUCAGUGUGCCUAAUGCGACUUUCAGUGAUUAACCUUUAUAAUGUAUUUAUAUGUAUGGGUGCAGGUAUAUACAUGUGUGUGUAUAUGGCAUGUCUUAUAUGUGCGCUGUGUGCGUGGACACGUUUGACUGCAGGCAAGAGAAUUUCAUUUUUUAAUGCGUGCCACUGGGCCCAGUUUAAAAAAAAAUGACAGUAACGGUGAUCAACCUUCUUCCCGUUGUCAAAGAUGAUGUUAGCGGAGCAUUGCAGCUGAGCAUUAGUGUUAGCUGAACACUACAGGGGAGCCGAAGGGCACAAAGAGAGCCUUUAAAGUCACUUGGCUAAACAAUUGGGAUUAUUAAUAUUGGGAUAGUGUCAGAGCAAGGCGUGGCUGUCUUAAUUUAAGCUAACUUGGCUGUUCUCACAGUAAUGUAGCGGUGUCCAACCUUGGCAAUGUUAAAGACUUGUGGACUUCAACUCCCAGAUUUCCCCAGUCAGCUGGUUAGGGAAUUCU